GGGCACGUUUAGAAGAAACGGCGCGUCGUACAUAUAUAGACAUCCAGAUAGAUAAGAGUGACAACUUACACAAAAACCCGAAUAGGAACAACUUGACCUUCUUAGAUCACUCACUCACUCCCAAAACUCCUCAACUCAAAACCCUUGUUCACUUCACCAGACUCUUCCGAUGACUGACCCUUCCGACGAAGCUUCUUACAUCGAGAAGCUCUACGAAUACGGCGAGCAACUCAACACUGCCAAGGACAAGUCUCAGAAUGUCAAGGAUUACCAGGGAAUCAUAGAUGCGGCUAAGACCAGUGUUAAGGCCAAGCAGCUUGCUGCACAGCUCAUUCCCAAGUUCUACAAGUUCUUCCCUGACCUCUCUGGUCCUGCACUUGACACACAUCUUGAUUUGGUUGAGGCUGAAGAACUUGGGGUCCGGGUGCAAGCAAUCAGAGGUCUGCCUCUUUUCUGCAAGGAUACACCUGAAAAUAUUGGGAAAAUGGUUGAUAUUCUAGUGCAAAUUCUUGGGUCUGAGGAAUUUGUGGAACGUGAUGCUGUGCAUAAGGCUCUGAUGUCUCUGCUGAGGCAGGACGUGAAAGCUUCUUUGACAGCUUUGUUUAAGCACAUUGGCAGUGUUGAAGAGCCAAGCACAGAUGAUGUUAUUCGUGAGAAAGUUAUAAACUUUGUUAGAGAUAAGGUUUUCCCUAUCAAAGCUGAAUUGCUGAAACCCCAAGAGGAAAUGGAAAGACACAUUACUGAUCUCAUAAAAAAGAGUUUAGAAGAUGUAACUGGUAUAGAAUUCCGAAUGUUUAUGGAUUUUCUGAGGAGUUUGAGCCUAUUUGGAGAAAAGGCUCCACCUGAGCGGAUGCUAGAGCUGAUUGGAAUCAUUGAAGGGCAAGCUGAUUUAGAUGCACAGUUCAAUGUUUCAGAUGCUGAUCACAUCGAGAGGUUGAUAUCAUGCCUUCACUUGGCACUUCCAAUUCUCGUGAAGGGUGCAUCUAGCAGUAAAUUUCUCAGCUACAUAAACAAAUAUAUAAUACCUGUGUUUGACCAGCUUCCAGGAGAACGGAAAGUAGAUUUGCUCAGAAGCCUUGCUGAGUUUUCACCUUAUACAACACCACAAGAUUCACGCCAAAUGCUUCCUUCUAUUGUUCAGUUGCUGAAGAAAUACAUGACUUGGAAGAAGACUGGAGAAGAGAUGAACUUUACAUAUGUUGAGUGCUUAUUAUAUGCAUUUCAUCACCUAGCUCAUAAGGUUCCUAAUGCCACAAAUAGUUUGUGUGGUUAUAAGAUUGUUACUGGCCAGCCAUCUGAUAGGCUUGGAGAGGACUUUUCAGAGCAAUAUAAAGAUUUUACCGAGAGACUGAAUAAUGUCGAGGAGUUCACCCGGGCUACAAUUAAGAAAUUAACUCAAGGAAUGGCUGAAAACAACAAAUCUAUGGCAGAUGCUAAGACUGAUGAAGAAAAAGAAAAAAUUAAAACUAAGAAACAGAAUGCAACGACUGGUUUGCGGACUUGCAAUAACAUUUUGACUAUGACAAAGCCAUUGCACGCCAAGGUGCCUUCAUUCAUCGGAGAUAAGAGAAUCAACCUUUCCUGGAAAGAAGCAAUCAAAGCUGCACCUACCACACAAACUGCUGGAGCAAAACGGCCUGCUACUGCUGCCAAUGGAUCCAACAAUAUUGCCUCAAAGAAGGGCCGAGGUGCUGGUGGUUUGCAAAAUCAACUUGUCAAUAGAGCGCUGGAUGGAUUAUCUGGUGGUGGGAGAGGUUUUGCCAGGGGCAGAGGCCGAGGUUGGGGUGGUCGCGGAAGAGGAAGGGGAAGAGGGUUUCGGUAACUGUUGCAGUUCUGAUCAGAUUUCAUGAAACUGUACCAGAAUACAAUAGGGCUCGUUAAUGUACUAAUUUUUUUUAUCAGAGAGGUUUUGAUUACAGAGGAUGAUGAUGGCAUUUUAAUUUAGUUGUACUUUAUCCUGAGCUUGUUUAUGUAGUAGAAUGCUGAGUUAUUGGUAAUUUUUCAGUCCAUUCGUGCAAGCAUCAGAAAAGGAAUUAGUUGACUCGUUUUAUGCCCAUUGGCAUGUAUGCAUGUAAUUUAAUGACUAGUGGACUUAUAUCUAUACCAUGUCUGAUUUGUAAAA